CGAAGUGAGCGCACAACAUCCUCAUGUGAUAUAACAUCGAAGCGGUGUAUAAAAUUUCAUCCCAUCUUGGCGAUCACACCCAACAAUGAUGAUGUCGCAUCGAAUCGACGAUAAACACAACGAGGCGCUAACUGUCACGGCUCUUUGUUGUCACUUCUCCGAAAUCAUCAUUGAAUCAACGAUGCGAAAGCGUCGUAAUUGAACUCGUUCGAGGGGAUCGAAUUUCGACGGUUGAAUUUUGUGUGACAGUGUGGUGAUCGAGUGUCUCGAGGAAAAGUCGGGCAAAAAUGUCGAGCGGAGAGAGGAAAAAGCGCGUCGGAAAUCGGAGCAAGGGAUGGGAGGAGGCUGGCGCGGAGUUUUAUCAGGAGAGCUAUCCUGGUGCUUGCGAGGCCGACAUACAAAAGGCACUGGAAAGAGACCCGUCAAAGCUGGCCACCCUCUUACCGAGCAAGAAAUCCCGAGUUGAUUAUCAUCGCACUUCUAAUAUUAUUGAAAUAGUCACUACUACAAAACGAGUGGGACAUGAACCACGCACAACGCUGAGAAGACGCACAAGCACUCGUUUAAGGUAUUCAACCACAACUAGACGUCAGUCAACUCAACUAGAUGCAAAUGCAUCUAUGCUGCCUGAUUUAUCUGAGAAUUUGACUAAUGAGAAAAAAAAUUGGGAAGAUAUUAUGCAAAUCAAAGCCCUGCCCGUAUGCAUGAAACAAAAAAAGGAACUCAAGCUGCAGUUAAAGAAUACCACGACCAUUAGACUUCAAGGAUGUGAACAAUUUAAAUUUUGGUGUCUACAAAAAUGGGAAGGCCUGAAAAAUUUCCUACAUCAAGUCUAUUCAAAAAUGGGACUUUGGAAUAGUAGCUUGAAACACAUUGGCGGCAAUUUUGGAAUGGGAGUUGUUGCCUACUUUCUCUUUAUCAAGUGGAUUCUCUUUCUGAAUCUCUUUCUUUUUUCCAUUAUUAUGAUCUUUCUAGUUUUGCCUACUAUAUUAUUAGAAUUUCCUGCAGAUGACUCUUGUAUAACUGCAAAUGGUACCUGUUGUUCAUCAACGAGUGUCAACAGUACUAGAAAUUUUGAAAUUGCCAGUCUUUUCCAUGGUGGACAUUUAUUAGAAAACACUGUUCUAUUUUAUGGAGCAUAUUCAUCAUCUACUUAUUACAAUGAAGAAAAAAACUUGACCUAUAAAUUACCAUUAGCUUAUGUUUUUGUUAUGAUUGCUGUUUUCGCAGUGAGUUUAUUUGCUAUUGUUAGAUGGGCAGCUAAAGGGUUCAAACAAAGAGUUGUUGAAAGUGAAGGCCAGUUAUACCAUUACUGCAAUUUGAUUUUUGGAGGAUGGGAUUAUUGUAUCAAUAAUGAAAAGGCCGCCUCUACUAAACACUUAGCCUUGUACAAAGAAAUGAAGGCACUAUUGGCGGCAGAACGGUUCGAGGAUGAGCGUCAAAAUCGAACGCAAGAAGACAGAUUCAAACUUUGUUUAAUUCGUAUUAUCGUAAAUAUUUCAGUCAUUAUCAUCUUAUUAUUGUCGGGAAUUGGUAUAUAUUGGAUAAUUCGCUUGUCUUUUGAAAAAGUAGCCAACCAACCCCUAAAGAUGGUCUACUCAAGUAUAGAUGCUAAAACGGUAGAACUUUGGGUCUACGAAUUUGUACCAUACUUUGCCAUUGUUUUACUCAAUAUGGUCAUUCCCGUACUCUUUAAUUAUCUUAUAACUCUUGAAAAUUAUAGUCCAACAUUUGUUGUAAAACUUACCCUCUUCCGUACAAUAUUCUUAAGAUUAGCAUCUUUGAUUGUGUUGCUCUACACUUUUUACAUGAAAAUAGCGCAAAGUAAAGAUAACGAUGAUUGCAAUAAUUCUAAAAAACCCUUAUGCUGGGAGACAUUUGUCGGGCAGCAGUUUAUGAAGCUAUACAUGACUGAUGUAGUAAGCCAAUUCUUCUUGACAUUUACCAUCAACCUAUUUAGAGCUAGCGUUGCCCGAAGUACCAAAAAUAAAGUUGUACGAUAUAUAGGUCGACAAGAAUUUGAUUUAUCUAAACAUGUUCUUGAUAUAGUCUAUUUACAAACUGUUUGCUGGCUUGGGACAUUUUUCUCACCAGGAUUGCCUUUAAUUGCAGUAAUAGGUUCAUUUUUACUUUUUUACACAAAGAAAUUCUUUUGCAUGAUAAUUUGUGGGCCCUCUAAGCGUAUUUAUCGUGCUAGUAAAUCACAAUCACUUUUCAUGCUCAUUCUCCUUAUAUGCUACAUUUUGACGAUUGUACCCGUUGUUUACAGUCUAGUUAAAAUGACUCCUUCUAAAUCAUGUGGACCCUUCAAAGGUUUGGAGUCUUCUUGGAGUUUGCUUGUUUUAACAUACCAACAACUUCCAGCUUGGUUGAGAUCAAUUUUAUCUUUAUUUUCAACAUUCAGCUUUGCAGCUGCAGCAUUUCUUAUACUCUCAUUUUUUCUAUAUUAUUAUAAUGCUGUGGCCAGUGCCAACAAAAAUAUGGUGCAGGUUUUGAGAAAUCAACUUAUUCUUGAAGGACAUGAUAAACAAUUUUUGCUUGAAAGGCUUAGUGCAUUCAUUAAGGUACAUCAAGAACAAACUAAGUAUCAACAAGAACAUCCAGAAUUCCCAUAAAAUAAUACAUAAAUUUGACUUGUAUAGAUAUAUACAGGGUACAAAAAAUGAAUUAACUUACUAGUCAUGAAAUUCCAAUUGUGUCAUUUCAGCAUAAUUGAAAAAAAUUGUAUACCCCUCUACGCAUACUUCUUUGAAGUAACAGAAAAAGCAUUUAUAGUUUUGCAAAGUUCCAUUAAAAAAAAUUAUUUAUCACAUAAACCAGAAGUAGAGAUAAUCACUAAAUUUUGUGAAAUCUCUUUGUUUCUAUAAUAAUGAUAUUUAUUUUUUUUUGUUUCUGACAAAAUUAAUUUGAGAAAGGGUAUUAUUCAUUAAAACAUGAAAAUAUGCUGUUCCAAUUGAAAAAUAAUAUGUACCUAAUUUUAAGUACUUUUUAAACUGUGAUUCAUUAAUAUGACAGCACACUUUUGUAUUAAGCUAUAAAUUCUAUUGAUUAUAGCUUUUUUUUAAAUUUUAUAAUUUUUA